AUGUCCUCGACUCGGCAAUUCCAUCGAUGCCUUUCUACAGUAUCUACAGACUCCACUCGUCAUCAUAUGCUAGUUGCUGAGCUUAGGAAACGAUUGCGGGAGGGUGGAUAUCUCAGAAAAUGUUCCGGAUCUGAUGCUCGGCUGGUAGAUAAUGAUGACUCCUUACUAUUGGCAUUCGUCCAAGCAUUUGAUGGCGAUUUGGACGUGGUUCUUGCCGUCGUCUUGGAGUGGCUAAAAUGGAGACAGCAUUUUGAUGUCGAACAUUUGAGUAUACUUUCGCUAAAACCAGCACUUGAUCGUAGUUUGAUGUAUAUUCAUGGAAGUGACGUUGAGGGGAACCCGAUACUUUGGCUUCAAAUGAGGGAGCACUUUCCUGGAGAUAAAACCUCCGAACAAUUGUUUGUCUAUUGGUUGGAAAGACAUUAUUUUGCCAGUCACGGAGCUGCUCUUUGCCUGUUAAUAGAUAUGUCUGGAUGCUCUUUGAAGAAUAUGGACUUUGACCUGUUCAAAUUCAUUCUACACGCCCUAAAAUUCUACUACCCUCUAUGCGUGCAAGACAUCAUAAUCUUUGAUUCGCCGUCAAUAUUAAACGCCAGCUGGAAGGUCAUCAGAUCCUGGCUUGGAGCCGGUCAUCCCCAAAUCCAUCAGGUCGGACGGGAAGCCGUCAGACAAUACAUCCACACCAACAGCUUACCGGUUCACAUGGGCGGGCACGAUGAGUGGGGAUUUUCGAUGGAGGAAUUGGCCAGCUGCGUGCCGCAAAGGUUAACGCCGGAUAGGAAUGCGAUGUUGGAAAUUUUGGAUGACGAGGAUGAGCCGAGGCCUGAUCUCGAUUCAUUUCCGGUGAAGAGG